AUGCUGGAUAUCUCUCGUAAUUUUCAUGGCAAGACUUCGAUUUUGAAAAUACUGGAGGUUAUGGCAAACUACAAACUGAAUAAACUGCACUUGCAUCUUACUGAUGACGAGGGAUGGCGCCUGGAGAUCCCUGGUUUGGAAGAACUGACAACGUUUGGUAGCAAGCGAUGUUAUGAUACUGGGAUGUGUUUAGCACCACAGAUUGGUUCUGGAGCAACAACGACUACUUCAGGAAGUGGUUUCCUUACAGUUGGAGAUUAUCAGGAGAUUCUUCAGUUUGCUAAAUCACUUCAUAUAGAAAUCAUCCCUGAAUUUGAUAUGCCUGGACAUUCUCAUGCAGCCAUCAAAGCCAUGGAAUAUAGAUUUCAACAAUAUAAUGCUUCAAGCAAUGAAACAGUUCGUAAAGAUGCUUCAAAGUUUCUCCUUGCGGAACCUGGCGAUCCUUCCAAAUAUUUUUCAGUUCAAAUGUUCAGAGAUAACGCUAUUAAUCCUUGUUUAAAUUCUACCUACAAUUUUAUUGAACAUGUUCUGUCAGCUCUUGUUAAACUUCACAAAGAUAUAUCUCCGUUGAAACUAUUCCAUAUGGGUGGGGAUGAGGUAGCACGUGGCGCCUGGAUCAACUCUACUGCAUGUCAAAAACUCACAGCCCAGAAUAAAGACAUUGAUUCACUGAAGAAAUACUUUACUAACAGACUAUCAGAAAUAACUGCGAAAUACAACAUCAGUUUUGCUGCAUGGGAGGACGGUUUGAUCGAGAGCAACACAAUAUUUAACAAAACUGAACUUUCCAAAGGUAGUGUGUAUAGUUAUGCAUGGGAUAACGUUUGGGAGUGGGGUGCAUUUGACCGAGCAUAUCGUCUGGCAAAUGCAGGAUAUAAAACUGUCCUUGCUCAUGCAACUCAUCUCUACUUUGAUAUGCCUUAUGAACCUGACCCAGAAGAACGUGGUUAUUACUGGGCAACCAGAUAUACUGAUUGUAAGAAAACAUUUGGAUAUAUGCCAGAUACUGUCUAUGACAAUGUUAAAGAAGAUCGACUUGGAAGACCUUUAAAUAAAAGUGAACUCUGUAAGAAACAAAAUAGCUGUCCAUCGCUUUUAAAGAAGAGCAACAUAAUCGGAAUCCAAGGUCAUCUCUGGUCAGAAACAGUGCGUACUGAAGAUCAACUAUUUUACAUGUAUUUUCCAAGAGUUCUAACAGUAGCUGAACGAGCUUGGCACAAAGCAGAGUUUGAAAAAGAUGAAAAGUCUCGGGAAGAAAAGUUAAACAUGGAGUGGCAAGCGUUUGCAAAUUUGCUCGGUUAUCAAGAACUUAGAAAAUUGGAUGAAAUAGGGGUGAAUUAUCGUGUUCCAUUGCCCGGUGCAAAGAUAGAGUCUGGUAGACUGGUAGCGAGUUCUGCAUUUCCUGGAUUGAAGGUUGAGUAUAAGACCUCUGGAGGUUGGCAAGAAUAUUCUUCACCAGUGUCAAAGUUGUCAGGGAAUGUCAAAUUACGUACCAGGUCAGCGGAUGGAAAACGGAGCAGUCGAGAAAUAGAGCUUGAUUUUCCAGUAUCUCACGGAUCACGUUGUGUUAUUCCUGGAAUCUUUCUUCACCUUGUCAUGUUUGUUGCAGUUCUUUUCAACGAUUCUUAA